AUAUUAUUAUAUGACCGAGCUUGGGUUCAAUUAGUCGAAAGAACAACAUCGCGAUAUCAACAUCGGGGCAUUCAAAAUUAAGAUAUUUUAAUGCCGAAUACUGCGACGCUAUAAAACAAAGCGUGCUAUGACAAUUUUUUGUUUUAAAAUAAAACAUCAGUAACAAUUCAUAUUUUUACAGCUACUUAUAAGUUUAGUUAGUUUGUUUUAUUAAGAUAAACCAAAAAAACUGUGAUACAAUGUGGAUAAUUCAAAUAGUUUCUGUUUGUGUUUUUUGUUACUUGACUGAUGCUAGAACAGUAAUAAAAGAAAAUGGUAGAAAUAUUGUUAGAGACGAUACUGAAAAGACGCCUUUUACAUUAGAUGAGUUUUUGAAUAGUACUUACGGUGUUUCUUCCUGGAAUGGAUCAUGGCUAUCAGACACAUCGUUUUUGUACAAGGACUCUGGAGAUUUCUACGAAUUCAACAUUGUUACCAAAACGUCAGAAUUGUUUUUAAAUGGAUCGUUUCUCGAUGAAUAUGAUGGUGCUUCUGUAUCGUUUUCUCCUGAUCAAACCUAUGUGUUGAUUAAAUAUAAUUCCUCAUCUGUUUUUAGGCAUUCCACUACAGUAGUGUGUGCAGUAUAUGACAGAACAACAGGACAAUACUAUGACGUAAAUAACAAAAAUGCCGUCCAGUUGGCACAGUUCGAUACCCAAGGCCACGGGGUGGUUUACGUUUAUGAAAAUAAUAUUUAUUAUUUGGAAAGUAUCCUUGGAGAUGCAGCUCCCAUACAGGUUACAUGGGACGGAGUAGCUGGAAUUAUCUAUAAUGGAGUACCAGAUUGGGUAUACGAGGAGGAAGUACUGGGUUCUGGUACAGCGUUAUGGUUCUCCCCCGAUGGCAAACAUCUAGCCUACGCCAAAUUCAAUGAUACCAAUGUAAAGGAUUUCUUCUAUUUCUUGUAUGGUACGCCUGGAUCAUUGACAGAUCAGUACCCAACUGUAGCUGAAAUCAAAUAUCCAAAGGUGGGCGAAACCAACCCUGUAGUCAACGUUUAUGUUUAUAAUAUUGAAUCCAACACCACCCAACAGUUCAUCUUCCCAGAUACCAUCAAAAAUACCGAAGAAAACAAUGAUUAUGUUUUGUAUGGAUUGUCUUGGGUCUCGAAUACGGAAGCGGUACUCGUAUCCACCAAUCGGAUCCAAAAUGAAUCGGUCGUACUUAGAUGUGGCUUAGAAGGAUCAUGUAACCAGGAAACUUCAUACUCACAAUCUGGAGGCUGGCUGAGUCCAAGAGUACCAACUUACAACUCUGAUGGGACCAAAAGGAUUGAAAUUCUACCACAAUCUGUAGAUGACGAUUAUUUUGAUCACCUAGUUCUAUCAGAAGCAGCUACAAACAGUCAAAAACGUCUGACAUAUGGAAACAGGGUGGUCACCACACUGUAUGGAUGGGAUCAAACAAAUAACUUGAUCUACUAUGGUGGUUCAGUGAAUGGUACACCUUCUCAAAACCAAGUUUAUGUUGUCAACACUGAAACAGGUGAAGAUAAAUGCUUGACUUGUUCCUUUGAAGUUGACGGAGAAAAAUGCAAGUAUGCUUCAGCAUCCUUCAGCAAGUCAUUCAGCUAUUUUACUAAAAGCUGUUCUGGGCCCAACCCUACAUACGUGGUGGUACAAAAUUUGAACGAUGAAAACGAUUACUUGGUUUGGAUAGAUAACGCAGAAGUUAGAGAGAAAUUACAAAGCAAACUUCAGUAUGUCCAGGAAGACUUGACAGUGCCAAUUAAUGACGAGUUUAGUGCCAGAGUUAGGCUGAUUUUACCACCAGAUUUGGACAAGACACAAAAAUAUCCUGCCAUUGUCUAUGUAUAUGCUGGACCAAAUUCUAAUCAAAUAAACGAUAUGUUCGGCGUGAGGCUUCAAAAUUAUUUCGUAACCAACAGAAAAUAUAUCUAUAUCUUGAUUGACAGUCGAGGUAGUGGUAGAGAUGGCCAGAAAAAAAUGUUCCAAAUUUACAGGAAACUUGGAACCAUCGAGAUCGAAGACCAAAUAACUGUUACCAAAUAUCUUCAGGACACUUACUCAUACAUCGACAAAGACAACACCGGAAUUUGGGGUUGGAGUUAUGGAGGAUUCGCCUCGACAUGGGCCUUAGUAAAAGACGUCGAUCACGUGUUCAAAUUUGCUCUAUCUGUGGCACCUGUCACAAGCUUUAUAUACUAUGACACAAUAUACACGGAAAGAUAUAUGGGCUUGCCUACGGAAGAUGACAAUUUACUGGGCUAUAACAACACUGAUAUCACAAGAAACGUCGAAGCCUUAAGAGAUAGGUUAUAUUUCGUUAUACACGGAAAUGCUGAUGAUAAUGUGCAUUAUCAGCAAACUAUGCUGUUGGUGAAGGCUUUGGAAGCAGCAGAUAUCAUAUUCAGGCAACAGAGUUAUCCAGAUGAAAAUCACAGUCUUUCUGGCGUUUCACGGCAUUUGUAUCACACAAUUGAUGCUUUCUUUGCUAAAUCGUUUGGACUUGAGAAUACAACAACACAAACUAGUAAAAAACUUCAUCGAAAAUACUUGUAAAAUAGGUAUAGAAAUAACUUAUUUAAAAAAAUUUCGGCAGUGAAUAAAAAUAAAAUUAAAAUAAAUUGUUAAAUACUUUGAAACAUUUUUUGAAUCAAGUUAUACAGUAUUGUACAUUGUUUUUUUUUGUUAUAAGUAAAAUAUUAAAAAAAUAGCAAA